GUGAAGAUAGCACGUGCGAAUCUUGCCAAGUACGCGGCGCCCCACAAUUAGCUUAUCCCUGCAAGUGUUCCGCAACUUUUUUGCGACUUCACUUUGAGAGUUUGACCUACGCCAGAAUUUCGAGCCGAAAAGAUAAUAUACACUUUUAGCUACAAUGCCGCACAAACACAAGCGGGUAGAAGACAAUGCGUCGGAGUUCAACCUCCCACCCUCAGUCCACGCUGCAGCCCUCCCCGUCGGCAAAGCACGAACAUUCAGUACAGCACCCAAGGGCAAGAAGAGGAAGAUAAAUCAUAUCGAGGGUUAUGGAGUAGAUGACACGCCCAAAGCCUUCCAACGGCUUAUGGCUUUCUCCAAAGGCGGUGCCAAGAAGCGCUCUGGGCUCGACGAUGGGUUGGUGAAGACGAAAAAGCAGAAAAAAGCGGAACAAAAAACGCUUGGGGAUGCAGAGGCGGGGGUCCCCAACAAGAGCGAAGAGCAAGCACCACCAAAAGCUGCGUUGAAGAUCCAACCGGGCGAGAGCAUGGUAGAGUUCAGGCAAAGAGUCGACAUGGCCUUACCUCUCUCCGGCUUGUCAAAGACGGGCAAAAAGGUCGAAGGCGUCAGCGAUCACCGCGUAACAAAACACGAGCGGAGACUCAAGCGCCUGCAGAAGGGCUGGCGCGAAGAAGAAGCGCGGAUACGAGACAAGGAGAUGGAAGAGAAAGAACUGGCAGAAGAGGACGAAGACGAACUAGCCGCGAUGUGGGAAGAUAAGACAUCCGAUCUACCCCCCACCCACACAAAUGGCAAGAAGAUGAAAAAGAAGAAGAACAAGCGCAAACUCGUCGUGGGCGAGAUAGACAACAACAGCGAGGACGAGUGGGAAGCGCUCAAGCGCACUAGGGAGGAGAGGAAGGGGCUCCAUGAUAUUGUUUCCGCGCCGCCGACGUUUACCAAGGCGCCCAGGGAGAUUUUCAAAGUGAAGAACGGGGCGGGCGCAAAGGUGGGCAAUGUGCCGAAUGCUGUGGGGAGUCUGAGGAAGAGGGAGGAGAUCGGUGAAGAGCGAAACAACAUUAUCGAAUCAUACAGAGCGCUCAUGGCUUCAAAGAAGAAGACGUGAGCUGCGUCUAUGUAGAAAUAGACAUUACAACCGCGACAACACUCAUGAGUCAAUAUCAACAGUAAAUGAAUACAGACAUAUCUAACAACGA